CCUAAGAGACCGUCCAGAGGAGACCGUCCAGAGGAGACUGUCCUGAAGAGACCGUCCAGAGGAGACUGUCCUGAAGAGACCGUCCUGAGGAGCUUCAGACAUGUUGGGCGGAGAUCUGGUGGCGGUGUGGGACGUGGCGCUGAGCGACGGUGUUUAUAGGAUCGAGUUCGCUCAUGGCACUACCACAGGGAAACGCAUCGUGUACAUCAACGGACAGGAAGUCAUCAGGAAGGACUGGCUGUUUAAGCUGGUGGGGAAGGAAACCUUCACAGUGGGGAGCUCCAACACCAAAGCCACCAUAAACAUCGAGGCGGUCAGCGGCUUCGCCUACGAGUACACGCUGGAGGUCGACGGCAAGAGUCUGCAGAAGUUCAUUGACAACAGAGCCAAGACGUCCAAGACCUGGCUGCUCAAGGUGGACGGAGACGACUGUCGAGUCGUCCUGGAAAAGGACACGAUGGACGUUUGGUGCAACGGACAGAAAAUGGACACAAUGGGAGAGUUUGUGGACGACGGCACAGAGACGCACUUCAUGUUGGGGGAACACGAGUGCUGCAUCAAGGCGGCGAGCGGUGGGAAGAAGAAGAGCGGCAUUGUGCACUAUUUACUGCUGGACGGAGAGAAAAUACCAGCGACGACACAAUGAGGCUGAAGGAACGCUGCUCAGUUUCAAAGAGACUCUGUCAACGAGGUAUUUGUACCCAAACUACAAACACCACCAGGCAGUACUACAAAUACCACCAUGCAGUGCUACGAUGCUCCGCUGGAACAGGAAGUGUUCUCUUUUUCAUUUCAUUAUU